AUUCGCUGAAAGCAUGAAUUUCUACUCUCAGACUGGAAAUUUAAGAGGAACAGUUUCAGUUAAUGAGGAACCAGACUACGAGAUGAGUUUAUUUGGUGAAAGAAUGAGAAGUUUAGGAAACAGCUCCCAUAUUGCUGGCUGCAACUUCGAGAAUUGGCUGGGUUACGUUCCGGAGAAUGGAUAUGGCUUUCACUUGUUAAAAGCAUCAGUUCCAAAAGUAGCCAAAGACAUACCUGCGGGUUACCUUAUUAAUCCCUGUGGAGACAUGACUGUAAUAAAUGAUAUCGAUAUCACCGUAAAACCUUUCAGCUCAGUUAUUUCAACGCGAAGUUUAGAAGCCAGUUUUUCAGCUG